UUUAAUCCGCGGAUUUUAAAUCGGUCGUCAAACUUCGAGAUAUCGCAACAUCGAUUUACGCCAGCACGAAGAGAAUCAAAAUGAUUCGUUAAUUUUCGUCAAUCUUCGCUAGAUGAGAAGUUCCGUCACGCGAGUUCCUCGUGCGCAUUCGAUAACCUGCGCAUAAUUCUGUGCCAGUGUGUGUCAUUCUUUCACGUCCUGGGAGUAACACAUUGACGUACUUCUGAUCAGACCGAGCAAUAAACAUUAUUGCACAAUUACGUGAGUAUAGACAAGUUAACGACCGGCGGCUAAUGAAUCAUCCGCAAAUUUCCUGAACAUCGAUGGCUACUCAGUGUUACGUUACUUAUCGCACUACGCCAACACUGGCAAAGCUCCUGUUUUCUAUGGGAUUAAUUAUGUAAUGUGUUUUCCUUGAGCGUUGACGACAUUAAGGACAUUUCAUGCCACCGCCGUUGGCUGCUAUUCUAUUUACUCGAAUGGACGUGUAAAGUAUAUUAUUUAAAAAAAAAAACAAAAAAACAAAAAAAAACAAAAAAGCUUACUUUGCACGCUGAAAUUUCGCUCGUGAUUUGUUAAUAGCACGAUUUACCGCCCGCGUGACAAGGCCUUUAAUAAUUAAGUGUAUGAGGCAUAAUCGACGUGUCUCUUUUUUCGGAUUGACUUUGUAUCCUAUAAAUAUCUGUUCGUACAUUGCAGAAGCAAUGGUGGCCCAUACCGUACUCCUGGACUUCACAGUGUCCAGUAGCGUGAUCGCCGAUAUGGAGAAACGAUCGGGUUUGAAAUCAGCGAUUGCAAACGUACUGGCAGAACAUUUCACCGGUCUCAAGCCACUGACAGAAUCUAACAUCGACGGCAGUUUGCUCAUUUUAUAUACCGGACCCAGGGGCAGUCUAAUCACUGUCAGAGGGUACACAGAGGGUCUGAUUACAUUAAACAUCGAGUAUUACAAGCAGGACGACCAGGAAGCGCUCUUAACUUUUGAGUGGCGAUACUUGGAAGCUGAUGUUGCCAUGGCUUUGAACAGCCAGCGUAGCAAGCGUUUACCGCCCGUAAGACGAGGAACCAUAUAUGAUCUCUAUCUGACACUAUCAGACGAGCGACUGCUGGAAUAUGACAUCGACAAGCUCGUGUUCGAGGCUAGAUCACCGUAUCAGAAGGUACAAAUUGUGCACUCCAAAUCGUUAGGAAAUCUGCUGGUGCUCGACGAGCUGCAAAACAUGUCCGAGGCAGAUCUCAUAUAUACAGAAACGUUGAUGCAACGAGGGAAAGAAAAUUAUGCUGGCAAGGAGAUAGUGAUACUUGGUGGCGGUGACGGCGGCCUAUUAUGGGAAUUGUUGAAAGAAAAACCGAAAUUUGUCACAAUGUUGGAAAUUGAUGACAUCGUUAUGAAAGCCUGUAGCCAGCACAUGCGGAGCAUAUGUGGCGACUGCCUAGAUAAGAGAAAGGGCGAUAAUUACGAAAUCAUUGUUGGUGAUUGUGUGAAAGCGUUAGCUCAUAUGAUCGAAGAAGGACGACAAUUUGAUUACGUAUUCGGCGAUCUGACGGACAUUCCUAUUAGCACAACGCCACAUGGUGAUGCCUGGGAUUUUAUUAGACUAAUUCUCAACUCUUCCAUGAAGGUGUUGAAAUCUACCGGAAAAUAUAUGACGCAUGGAAAUGGUGCGUCUUGUCCAGAAUCUUUGAAAAUGUAUGAAGAAGUCCUAUCGCAAUUGUGUGUACCGGUCACGUUUACCAAAGACCGCGCUUUCGUCCCAUCUUUUUUCGAAGAUUGGAUCUUCUAUCAAGUCUCACUGAAAUGAUGGAGCAGAGAAUAUUCGGGCAGAACCUGGAGGAAUCGGCCUCCUCACAGUCUGCUGCCUGUCUUAUGACCCAAGCUCUACUUCCUAGUUUUAGUCUUAUUAAUUAAUGAAAUUAGUUCCUGAGUGAGACGAAUCAAACUAUUACUAAUUCAUUUCGUAACAUGUUAAUUAUUGAUAUAAUUGUUUUAUCUCGAGAUUUUUUCAAAAAUUUUAUCAUCGUAACAACAACGUUGGAAGAUAAAUCCAAAAACAUAAUAGGUGGUAACAGAGAAGAGAAAAAUAUAUAUCUUUUUAUAAUAUAUAAGAUAA